CCAGCCACCCAGUGUGCCGCGAACGUUUCCAAACUGUUCACUUUAUGUUGGAUUCAAAACUGUACAGACCAGUGAACACAAUUCCAUAAUAGAUCUCACAGUGUUUAGUGUAAAACAUUUACGAGCAGAUAUCUCAAGUGUGGUGAGCCGGCGUUUCGUUGCGAAUUUCGCUUUUGCAAUUAUGUAUUCAGUGUAAUUAUUUAAUUUUGUGUUUGUUUCGUGCAUCUACACUCGGUUUGACUAUGUGUUUUUUCUCUCUCUCUCUCUCUCUUUUUAGGACAAGUUUUAUUUGCAGCGCUUCUUUGCUGCUGAUAGUACCGUUGCUCUGUGCAGCAUUCAAGUUUUUGUGCCCUGACAUGACGUGUACCAUAAGGAACUGGUCUCCCAGCGAGGAAGGCACAUUUUUGCUUUUCCACAUCCCGAACGAAACUUAUUUGUUGACGCUUAUCAAUCUUAAAGCCAACACAUUCAACCUUGACACUGUGAACAGGGCGAGAAGCUAUGUAACCGAGGUCGAGAUAGAACGAUCUUCCGUCAAAAAGGUGGUAAUGCCGUCCGCCGCUACCAUAUCACGUCUGAAGCUCAAACAAACGUAUCUCAGCGAUAUUACGCUCGAAGUAGGCAAUGAAUGGUUAAGCUUUCUUACCAUUACCGACAGCCGGAUGAAAAGCGUUCCGGCCACCAUCGCGCAUCUAGUAGUGUUGAAGAUGCUCGAAAUAUCGAAAUCAUCUAUUGAAACGGUCAACUUGAAUCUGUUCAGCAAACUAACGCAACUGCGUCAUCUGAACCUGUGCGAUAACAAAAUACUGUUUCUUCAUCUGUCCGACGCAGCUGGGGGCAAUUUCGCGCAGCUGAGUGACUUGUUUCUCAGUGGCAAUCUGCUGACUACGAUCGACUUAAGCGGGUUCAGUAAUAUGAAGGUGUUGGAGACGCUAGAUCUCCAUAGCAACAGGAUCAGGCGAGUGCAAGGGGCGCUGGUGUUGAAUAACUUGAAAUUUCUCGAUUUAUCUGAGAAUCGUAUUGAGACGCUAGACUGUUGCGAAUGGAACAUUACCAGUUUGAACCGGUUCAAGCUGAGCAGUAAUGAAUUGGUGACGUUGCCAAGCUGCCUACCGAUGUCCAUGCCCAACGUAAAUUACCUCAUAUUCCAAAGGAACGCGCUGACCGAUGGUGAUUUGUGGUACAGCCUUUUUACGCUGGAAAGAUUGCUACAGCUAGACAUUAGCUACAACCGGCUAACGAAGGCGGUAUUCGACAUCGUUUCGCAAUCAUUGUUGGUUCUUGACCUGCAAAACAAUAACAUUAAAGUCCUGAGUGUUCCAGCGGCGGGCAAAGGUCUGAAGGUUCUGGCAUCCUUUAAUUCGAUCGAUACGUUCGAUAUCAAAAGCCUGUCUCCGAACGUUACGUUCUUGGAAAUGUUAGGCAACCCGAUCGACUGCACGUUCGAUCGAGCACGUAUGAGGAUUGGACAAGAACCUGUGUGCUACAUCUGUAAUACAUCUCAAAUACUAAAUUAAAUUGAUUAGAGUAAAACAAUUGAGGGCAAUUUUGCGCAAUUUCAAGAUAUUUAGAGCCGUUUUCAAUUUCAGUCGUCAUCUGAUCGAUUGAAGAGCAUGAGAUUGGCCAAUUAAUGGUACACAUUAUUUCUGCUUAAUAAAAUAAAGCGUAUAACAUGUAUGAACUAAGAUUUAGAGCGUGACCGCCCCAGUUACCAAGUGAGGCAUGAUCCUCCUUCCGAUUGUGCUGUGUGGCAUCUUGGGCUCGCUAUGUGAUCAGCUAGUAAGAGCCGUACUAUUACUACAGAUUGGCAAACUUUUCGCAUUUCGCCAUAAAACUCCUCCAUAAAAGAUACACUAGAACACACUACACUACAUGUAGGUAAUAGAUUUUUAAAUAGGUGUGAGGUUUUUACUCGCUUCGACGUUUGGCCCGCCAAAAUGUGAUGUUUUUUCCGCAUGUUCCGUAUCUAGUCAGUAUUGAAUCAAAUUUGGUAGGCAAAAUUCUACUCAUAAGGUUAUUAACACGUUGUCUGCCACCAUACAUGCCCACUGCCAAAUUCACCAAUUCUCUUUGUUGUCUCAGUCGCUCCACAAUGUCGUUUGUUGGGCUAAUUCCAUGGAAUUUCAUUCUUGGAACCCCCCUCCCCUCCCUUCCCUUCCCUUUCUUUACCUCUCGCAAAAGUCGGUGACAUUCCGGCUCCAACGCUUUGCAACGCUUUGGUGACGCGCAUGCAAACGAUGCUACAACAAUGACAGGCAAAGCAAGGGCCGAUCAAAGGGACGUGAAACUGUGAAAAGAUCGUUUACGUAUUGUCCAAGCUGUCCCGAUCAACCUGAACUUUGUGAUGAGUGUUUUAAGAUUUUGCAUCAAAAGUAAAGGAUGAAUAAAUGAACUCCAAGAUCUUAUAAUUAUUGUUCAUUCUCUUUCUCAUUUAUUUAUGAAAACAUAAUAGAAACUCAUUUUGAUAUUUUAAUCAUUUUUUUAAGAAAUAAUAACCGUGAAAGAAAAGCAUUGUGAAAGAACCGAUCAAAUACGUGCAAAUUUAUCUCUUGUAACACGUCUUUUACAAUGUGAAAUGUGUCAGCCACUAUGUGGCUGACGUGGCCCGAUCGGAAAAAACCCGUCAGCCACAUAGUGGCUGACG